AUGUCAGCAGGAAUCGGUUACCAGAUAGAAGACAUAUCACGAUAUAUUGACUGUUUACGUGAACAGAAGAAUGCUAGUGUAGAUGCAAUCAUUCAUUUGAAAAAAGAACGAGAUAUGAUUGCUCGUCAGAUUGAGGACUUGCAAGUGAAACUUAACAAUUUGGAUUCAAGAAUAAGCAAGGAACAAGAAAUUUGCUCGAGAUUGGAAGCAACUAUAGAGCAUGCCAAUGAAACAUAUGAAAAGGUGAAAUUGCUGUGA